AUGGGAGUGACAAAGGAGCAAGUUGAGUCUUCACUGACCUCAAAGUUGAACCCUGCACAUCUCGAAGUAAUUGAUACAUCUGGAGGAUGUGGUGCUAGCUUUACUAUUGAGGUAGUAUCGGAGAAGUUUGAAGGGAAGAGGUUGCUGGAGAGGCAUCGGGUGGUAAACGCUGCUCUGGAAGAGGAGAUGAAGCAGAUUCAUGCUCUCUCGAUAAAGAAAGCUCUGACACCAGAGCAGUGGAAACAACAGCAGGAGUCUGAAAAACCUAAACCUGCUGCUUAA